AUGUGUCGCAAGGGUAGAGCAAAGGUCAAGUCUGGUUGUAAAACGUGCAAACUGAGAAAAGUCAAGUGUGAUGAAGGUCGUCCAGCAUGUCAAAGGUGCCUCUCAACCGGUCGUACCUGUGACGGAUAUGGUAUCUGGGGUGGAGGAUCAAAGGAUCUAGCUGCCAAGCAAAUCCCACGCUCCAACCCAGCCACCAUCCUGGCUUCACUAAAUACCCAUGAGAAACUAUACUUUGACUGGUUCAAGCGCCGCACAUCCACAAAGAUCUCGGCCACUUUCUCUUCAGGCUUCUGGAGCGCUCUUGUCUUCCAGGCUGGGUCCAGGGAGCCUGCUGUGAUGCAUGCACUGCUCGCCCUGAGUUCAGCGCACAAAAAGGGCGUUGUCGAGAUGGGCGCACAUAGAAACUUCCCCGGCGCUGAGAUGAACCAACAGGAGCAGUUCACGUUGCAACAGUACGUCAAGGCUAUUGGACAUCUGCAGCCACACUUCUCCGCCAAGGAUAGAGCUUCUUGUCGGGUGGCUCUCAUCACAUGCAUUGUCUUUGUGUGUUUGGAGUUCUUCCGCGGCCACUUUGCUACGGCUCAGCUUCACCUUAAGAACGGCCUUGACAUUCUUGCUCACAUGCAGGGUCUCCAUGAUGCGAGCUCGGGGAUCCUUGCCCUGAAGCCAUGUCAGGAAACCACCGAUACCUGGAUAGUGGAGGCCCUCUCCAGACUACAUAUCCAGGUCGAGCUCUUCCGACACCUCUAUCAUCACUCGUGUGUCAUCCUGCAGCCGGCGCCUUACCCCCAGGAUGCUACACCUGAUCGUUUCGACAAUCUUAACGAUGCUUGGAAGGGAUUGGAGCUCGUCUAUAACCAGAUAUUCCACCUCACUCACCGAGCCCGUCAGCAGCAGCACAUAACUGCGACUGAGCAAUUGUCACAGCAACUCCUCAUAACAAGACUCGCCCAAUGGCAGCUCAUGUUCCAAGAGUUCCUAAACAGUCGCCCAGGCGGCCCAAACAGAGAUAUGGCAAAAGCAUCUCAGGUUGUGCGCAUACAGUAUGCCAUGAUAAACGUCAUGGCUGACACAUGCAUCCACAACAAUGAGAUGAUAUAUGACUCAUGUACAGACAAGUUCAUCUUGCUCAUACAAGAACUGACGGGUCUGUGGGAGUCGUCUACCCACGAUUAUACCCUCGAAGAUGAAAUGCCUCUCCAUGUCAUGGCAACGUGCAUGCCCAGGUCCAUCAUUGACCUUGGCUGGUUACCGGCGUUAUACUUUACAGCCGUGAAAUGUCGCCUGCAUCGCAUCCGAAUUGAAGCACUUAAGCUCCUCAGAACGAGUCCUCAUCGUGAGGGCAUUUGGGAUGCUCAUAUCGUUGCAUGUGUCGCUAAGAAGGUCAUUGAACUAGAGGAAGGGGAUUUUUAUGAAGGCAUUGACCUGGACGAUGACUUUCCCUUGAACACGUCGAUGCGUGAUCAAGAUUUCCAGCUCCCACUGUUACCCGAGUAUCGGAGAUUGAGUGAAAUUGAGACGGAGCUUUUGGGUGCUCCGAUGGACAAGAUUCGCUUAUAUGGGAAGAGGGAACAAGCGGGCAUAAACAGGAGGGUUCUCUUGUCGGAGUACAGCGUGAGCGAGCAGACUUGGAAUGAUACUUGA